AUGUUAAUGCCGGGCGACAAGGAACUAGUACGUCAGAUGGGCGUAGCGCUCAGGCACUCUGCUCACAGAGGCUGUCACUACUGUAUAGGAAACGAUACCACGGCUGUCAAGUGCUACGACGAUCGCAAGCUCCUCCCUGCAUCAUUAGGCGUCUCCGUACUUGACCCUGGGCCACCACCACCUCGUCCUACCGAAGACGGUCCACAACAACCCUUGCUCAUCCCGCUCGACUUCUCGCUCCGACUCGCCUUGACGGCACCACUCCGGAUACUUCAAAUACCAUCAAGGCUCCAACAAUCGCACAACAUGGUCGGCUCCCUCGACUUGCCACCCAUCUCUCUCCCGUACGGCGUCAAUCCAGUACGGGGAAAGGAAGCCGCAGACGUCAUUCUAUCUGAAUUGGUACUGAAACCCCAAAACGCCAUCUACACUCUUCGCAAGACAUUCGAAGCGGAGCAGAAGGCCGGGACGUCCUUCGGACUAUUAUGUCAAGACGACCUACCUCUGCAACCGUUUCUCUCAUCAUUCUUCCUACGAGCCUACGUUAUCUCGGACUACCUCGUGCUGGCCCCGUUGCAUCGGGGGCAGAUCUACACCUUCACAGAGGCGGGCGGUCUUCUGGACCUGUAUCAAGAUGCCUUCUCGUGGGCCGGGCUCUUUUCAAUCGAUCAGCCUGAGAUCAUCGAGAUGAUGCUCACCGGUUUCGCAGCGCUGAUCCAGUACAUCGAAGAUCGAAAGGUGCUGAAACGGGUGCUUUUGCGUGCGCCUGCGGUGUGGACGAAUAUCUGGCUACACAGAGAUGAAUUCGCUCUCUGGGUGUAUGAGGAUUCCGGCGACGUCAAAAAGGGAGCAAGAAGUCCUACCAUCAAUCUCAUGAUACAAUAUGAGAAACUAUACGCAUCAGAAGGAGUGAACCUUCUCUUCUCGACUCACGUCGCGCACCUCGCAUUGUACAUUCUCGCAACGUACAAAGGAGCUUUCGGGAAGUUGCAGGGAUAUCAAGAGCUCGUCGUCGUGACAGGAGCAACUAUAGAAGACGAUGGCCACGCCCAUGCGGCCGAGACCGGCAGGCUCAUUCGUGAAGCUGUCAUCGAGACCGUCGGCCUUGACCCAUUUGUCGCACGCCUGGGCGAGAUCGUCCAAGAGGCGCACGAGACGCUCGACUGCCAACUCGUCGCUGGCGCUGUCUGCGUCGUGCGACUACUCUCCUAUGCGCACUCUAUCGACAUCAUGCCAUAUCUCGCUCGCCAUCAAAUCCUGCGCUCACUUAUCACUACUGUGACGGAUAGCAAGCUCAUUAUGCUUCCCGUCUUGAGCAUACUUCCAACUCUAUUCACACUUCUCGAGAAGAUCAUGAAGUACUGCUUCGACCGCAAGAACUUCGUCGUGCGCGGCGAAGAUAUGGUCGCUCUGGUCGCGACAUACGCUGACAUUAACAUUGGCCGCAACCAAGAUAGAGUGCGAUCUGCCGAAGAAGCAGAAUUAUGCGAAAGCCAUAUCACCGCUCGUCUAGAGGAUUGCUACGCAACAGCUCGAGAGGUCAAUGAAGGACAACGCGCGGCAGCAUUCGCCAGGCCGUUCGUGCACGGUAUGAAAGCCGGGGCUCGAAUCCACUGGUAUCCGACUCUUGCGCGCCUUCGCAAGGCCAAGCAUCGUAAUCCUGCCGACCGGGUCCACGUUCGGUCUCUCAUUGAACUUUGGAUGGGAUUCGGCGCGAUAUUGGGACUCGAUGCGGACCAGGAGCGGCGGCGGCAUGAGGGAGAGGCGGCGCGCGCGGCUUGCUCGUGGCGCGACUGUUCGCGCCGCGAUCAGCCUGGUGCAGGCAAUGAUGGGGCUAAUUUGAAGAAAUGUGCUGGUUGCGGAGAGAAGUAUUGCAGCCGCGAGUGUCAGUUAAGUGACUGGAAAGAGGGGGGACACAAACAGCGCUGCAAGAGGCUGAAGAACUGA